AUGCUUCUUCCCAAGGGUGGUGUAACGUGGAAGUCGGCCAAGGCCAGAUUGCCUCCAUGGAGGGCGGUGCUUGUUCUGCUCACUCGAACUCGGUUUUUGGUGUCGGUUGCUUUGACUGGGUUGGUGGUUUUGUUAUGGCGUGGUGUUAGCUCGUCGGCUUCUCAGAUGCAAAGUUUCUACUGCUACGGUUCAUCGAAAUCGCCAAUGGAAAUGAGCAUUAAUGAGAUGGUCGAAUGGAAUGCUCAUCUUCAGACUCCUGUCGUUUUCAACCACCACGAGCCGUACGAGGUCAACUCUACCUCCAUCUCGACUGUCGAUCUCAACCCGAUCAAGUCGACUCCCCAGGCUGUUCCGAAUGGUGAGCGAGUGCUCAUUCUGACCCCGAUGAGAGAUGCCGCGCCCUUUAUCCAAAGAUACUUUGAUCUUCUCUACAAGAUUACUUACCCCCACGACUUGAUCGAUUUGGCCUUCCUUGUUGGUGACUGCAAGGAUGACACGCUCGCCGUUCUCAGCUCGGAGCUGAAGCGUGUUCAGGACCAGGUGGAGGAGAAGGUUGCGUUCCGCAGUGCGACAAUCAUCCAGAAGGACUUUGGUGCCGAUGUGGAAAUGAACGUCGAGGACCGCCACUCAUUUGCCGCCCAGGGCCCCCGUCGCAAGUCCAUCGGUAGAGCUCGCAACUACCUUCUCUACUCGGCUAUGAAGCCCGAACACUCGUGGGUUUACUGGAGAGAUAUCGACAUCUUUGACAGCCCCGACACUAUUCUGGAGGACUUUAUGGCUCAUGACAAGGAUGUUCUUGUUCCUAGGCUAAUCGUUGCAGACAUCUGGUUCCACCGCUACAAGGAUGGUGUUGAUGUUGAGGGUCGCUUCGACUACAACUCGUGGAUCGAAUCCGACAAGGGCCGUCGAUUGCGCCAGAACCUCGACCCCGACACUGUUCUCGCUGAAGGUUACAAGGAAUACGACACAGGCCGGACCUACAUGGUUUCCAUGGGUGACUGGAGAAAGAACAAGGACGAGGAGAUUGAGCUUGAUGGAAUCGGUGGUGUCAACAUCCUCGUCAAGGCCGAUGUUCACCGCUCCGGUAUCAACUUCCCCGCCUACGCAUUCGAGAACCAGGCCGAAACCGAGGGUUUCGCUCGUAUGGCCAAGCGAGCCAAGUACGGAGUGUAUGGCUUGCCCAACUACGUUGUGUGGCACAUCGACACCGAUGAGAAGCCUGGCAACCUCGGGGAUCGCAAAGCGUACUAG